AUGGGGACGGCUGGUACAGCUUCCCUUGUCUUCCUCAGUGCAGUCGUGAUCCUUCUAUCAGCGCAUGUGCCAGUGGCGAGGUGCCAGGAUGACGACUACAACGCGGAAGGUGGUCAUGCCAACAACGCAGGGGUGAACCAAUUCAUCACGGGAGUCAUCUACAACAAACUCUCGAACCUCACGGGCAUAUUCGCCUCCGACAUCGGCAAUCGUUUGGGAUUCUGCAUCAAGGAUACGUACGCCAUGGGAUCAUUGACUUUUUCUUACGUUUGAUCGGGUUGCGCGCGGUGGGGGUUGGAUUCUUCUCGCUCAUAAUGCGCCAACCUGUGUUUCAGGGACAACGAUUGGAACGGAGCAUUCAAUUUCUCUUCAGAUUUAGGGUUCUUAGCCGAUUGCAUCAAGCAAACAAGAGGUACCAAGAGGUCUUCCUUUGUUUUCUCGUUGUAGCCAAUGGCACUGAGCAAGCUAACUUAACAUGAUUAUCUACCUUGCGGAAAAUUUCUAGCACCAUGAUCGUAAGCAAGGAUUAAUGACGACUAGUUGGCUUGCAACACACGUCACAAGCGUCAUAAUCCCCGAUGAACGAUCAUUCAACCCUCAAAAUCAUUGUAAAUAGCAGGUUUCCAUGAAAAUAUGUGGUCUUGUUCGCCAAAUUAGGUCAUAAUCACAGAAUAAGCAACCACUUGUUGGCUAAUUUUCAGUGUUCGGAGAGGAGAUAAUAAUGAAGGUUUCCGUCCAUGAUAGUAGACAGCCAGAUAACACAUACAGGCUGUUUUAACCUCUAAGCAUUGCCAGGAAGAUGACAUAGGCAAAGGCAGUAAGUCUAAGAUCAUGCGGUCAUUCAGAAAUAUAAUCAAAGAUAAUUGAUAUCUGCAGGGCUUUCGUAAUUCCUGUCCGAAGGGUGUCUAUCCAGGACCUGGUCUAGUUUAGAUCUUGAUUCUAUUCCAAUUGUUACUUUUUUAUUCGGUAAAUAAUGCAAAGGAUAUAUUGUAUUGCGAAUCAUGAUCAAGAGGAAGACUUGGGUCUCACUGAGAAUUCAUUCUACGCAAUAUGCUCAAUCGAUCGAAAUGCCAGCAUCUUAGCUUCGAACUGAUCUGAAAUUUGCGUUUGACUUGGUUCCAGGGGAGCUCAUGCAGAGGGUAUGCACUGCGGCAGAGAUCAAAUUCUAUUUCACCGGCUUCUAUGAAAACGGCGGCAAGAGUAAUUACCUGAAGCCCAACAAGAACUGCAAUUUGACCUCGUGGGCGUCUGGAUGCGAGCCCGGAUGGGCAUGCAGUGUGGGGAUAGAUCAUAAGAUCGACCUUUAUUCCAAGACCAUGCCUUCUAGGGUUCUCGACUGCCAUCCCUGCUGCGCGGGCUUCUUUUGUCCUCGCGGCAUAACCUGCAUGAUACGUAAGCUUUGGCUUCACCUCGCUUCAUUUUAUAAACAUUCGCCAUGAAUAAUAUCACCUUCUUUCAUGUCCGUGUUAAAAUAUUUCUGGUGAUCUGAUUUUGAUUCAAAAAAAUCCUCGAAACCCAAUAAACAGAGGUCACCGUAUACCUCUGUUGAGAAAAUCUUCAAAUCACAGCCCGGGUGAUCGGGAAGAAUUUCUGAGGUUUCCCUACUUAUAAAGAUGAAUCUAUCAUCAUUUUAUGUUUAUAAUUAGUUUCCAAUCAUUACUUAAAUUCCCUUGAGAUGUGCAACAUGAAGUGCGCAUCUUUAUCUCGCGUUCGAUGGCCUGAAAGAUGUUUCUUGCUCUUGCAUCCUAUUUUUCUUUCGUCUCGGAUGAAGCCUGCCCCUUGGGUGCCUACUGCCCACUCUCAAAACUCAACAAGACGACCGGCAUGUGUGACCCGUGAGUAAUUUCUGCAGGUUCAUCUCCCUGCUAUUUUUACCAUCUGUUUCUGCCCUGAAAGCUUUGGCCUCUCUGCUUUUCCCAAUUCAGAUACCAUUACCAGCUACCUCCUGGGCGGCCGAACCACACGUGUGGGGGAGCAGACCUUUGGGCGGAUGUCGGCAGCAGCAGCGAGCUAUUCUGCCCGGCGGGAUUCUACUGCCCAAGCACCACGCGAAAGGUUCCCUGUGGCAGUGGGUAUUGUUUCUCAUCCCGAAAGUCAACGCCAUAUUAUCAUAUUACUUUGUCUGGCUUCUUCGCCGCAAGGAGAUUUUCCAGAGCAGCAACUGUGAAUGUCCACAAACAUCGUGGUGUCAGAUAAUUUUUUUUUUUGACCAAAUUGCGUUACAGCUGUCGGGUAGUAUUGUUUUCGAGAUGCAAGACGUCGUUCUGCAUUUAUUUUUUAAAAAAAAAAGGAUGUGAUCUGAAAUUAUUGUUCUUCAUAUAUGACGAUACUUGUUUAUGGAAAAUUUUCAGGCAUUACUGCAGGCUGGGUUCUACCUCUCAGAAAAGUAAGUGACACCUAAUCCUGAUUUGACUUUGAACUGAUAAAUAGUGGGUGGUAUCUACAGCCAGCAAGAACUGAUCUUUUGACUUUGAAAGUGAAUGUUAAUUGAUGAAGUUGACUUCGUGCUGUUCAUGAUUUGUGGGGAAAUAUAGAUGACCGAACAUCAAAGAUAUCUGCUUAUGAUCUACUUCAUUCUAUUAGAGAAACCCGUGAUCUAUCAAUCUUACAGAUGUAAUUAUCAACUUGACAUGGAUUGUGCCAUACCUUAAUUGUCAUCAUCUUCCCAUAAAAAAUGGAAUGGAGUGGAUAUAAACUCCUCCAAAGAAAUCGACCUCUAGAAUACCUGGAUCAUUGAGCAUGCAGAUCUCUCAGUUCAUUUUAAGUUGGAGAGUUGGAUAGUAACUUUUUCUGACAUCCUCUGAGCAUUUGCAGGAUGCUUCAAGAAGAGUUCAUGUGCGCCGAGAUCAUCAAAUCAAGAUAUCACCCUUUUUGGAGUGCUGCUCAUCGUAAGUAAUUGUGCUUUUUAUUUGGGGUUUGAAUUUAGAUUUUUUAACCACGACGAACCCUGCCUGAUCUUUGUUUUUCUCUGUUGGGUUAACUGGGGUCGUAAUUCUGACACCGGAGCAUUUAUAAAUCGAUAGGUUUUUGUGAUCCAUGCUUGAUAUUUUGGUAGUACUCUCAGGGAAAGUUUCUCGUCAAACACCCCCAGAAUCUCCCACCUUAGGUGUAACUUUACGGAUAUAGUCUAACUACGAUGCAUGGAACUUGGCGCUCUUCUCUGCGUCCGGUAGAUCGCCCUGGGUUUGCUGCUGCUGAUCAUCUACAACUUCUCCGAUCAAAUUCUUACGAGCCGCGAGAGGCAGCAAGCCAAGUCCCGGGAGGCUGCGGCGAGAAGCGCAAGGGAAACUGCGCAGGCGCGGGAGAGGUGGAAGGCCGCGAAAGACAUAGCGAAGAAGCAUGCCGUCGGGCUGCAGACGCAGUUAUCUCGCACGUUCUCCAGAAAAAGGUCCAUGCGGCAAACAGAGCCGAUGAAGAUUUCCGGGUUGCACAGAUUUGGACAAGACGAUUCUCCAUUGCCGCCACCAAUCCCAAGCUCAAGCUCGUCGUCGUCUCAGAACAGUAAGGAACCGAGCAAACUGACGAAAAUGAUGCGUUCGCUCGAGGAUAACCCCGACGGCGACGAGGGUUUCAACCUGGAGAUCGGAGACAAGAACAUCAAGAAGAACAUGCCGAAGGGGAAGCAGAUGCACACCCGCAGUCAGAUCUUCAAGUACGCGUACGGACAGAUCGAGAAGGAGAAGGCACUGCAGCAGCAGAACAAGAACCUGACCUUCUCCGGAGUCAUUUCCAUGGCGACCGACACCGAUAUCAGGACCCGGCCGAUGAUCGAGAUCGCCUUCAAGGAUCUCACCCUCACUCUGAAGGGCAAGAAGAAGAACCUCAUCAGGUGUGUGACGGGGAAGAUAAUGCCCGGCCGCGUCACCGCCGUUAUGGGCCCCUCUGGCGCUGGGAAGACGACGUUUCUCAACGCGCUGGCUGGGAAGGCUACGGGUUGCGAGACGACGGGCUUGGUCCUCAUCAAUGGGAAGAUCGAAUCCAUUCAUUCCUACAAGAAGAUAAUCGGCUUUGUCCCACAGGAUGACGUUGUGCAUGGGAACUUGACUGUGGAGGAGAACCUCUGGUUCAGCGCAAGAUGUAGGUACGAGACAUCCUGCAGCAUCUACCAUAGAUCGUUUUCUCUGCUGCUUUUCUUCCCCCUACAUGUUUGACCUGCUUUUGUCUGCGUUCUCAGGAGUUUAUUCGAUAUAUAUAUGCAUAUAUAUGUCCAAGUUCAAACUAAUUUUGUUUCAUUAAAUUAUGAUUAAUUUACAUCAGGCAUUCAUUGGAUUGCCACCAUGUUCACAUCUGCCCAUGAUUUAUUUUUUUAGAUUUUACAUUUACACGAUUGCAGUGGAAAAAAUUAUCCAUUGCUCUCAUGAAGAUGAUUAAAUUAUGAUUGAUUUGGCAGUGGGUAUUCAUCAGAAUUCGCAUCUGAAUGUGGUUUUUCAAAAAAAGUUCAAAUCCAUACGACUGCAAAAAAGAAAAAGAAGAACUAUUGCUCCCUUGAAUCUACUUUCUCAGCUAGCUUUUAUUCCUACUGUACUGACUGAUUGUUUCCUCCUGGUUGACAUCUUGUUCUCGUAGACUUCCUGAUGACUUGUCCAAGGCUGAUAAAGUCUUGGUCGUUGAGAGAGUGAUCGAGUCACUUGGGCUUCAACCGGUGAGGGAUUCCCUGGUUGGGACGGUGGAGAAGCGGGGGAUAUCAGGGGGUCAGAGGAAGCGUGUAAACGUCGGAUUGGAGAUGGUGAUGGAGCCCUCCUUGCUGAUCCUCGACGAACCGACCUCUGGCUUGGACAGCGCCUCCUCCCAGCUGCUUCUGAGAGCUCUUCGCCGUGAGGCCCUCGAAGGAGUAAACAUCAUCAUGGUGGUUCACCAACCCAGGUAUCUAUGGUGCAACCACUGAAUGAGUGACUAUCAUUAAUCCCCAUGAAAAUCAUUCAUGCGUCUAUGAGAUGAUCAGAAAAUUUUCGACUUCACCAGAUAUAACUUGUUUUCUUUUCUCAAACGAUGUCACAAAGCAUACUCUUUUACUUCUUUUCGCAAAACGUGAUUCUUUUCCUCAGCUACACCUUGUUCAAGAUGUUCGAUGAUCUGAUACUCCUGGCCAAGGGAGGCCUCACCGUGUACCAUGGCUCGGUUAAGAAAGUCGAAGAGUACUUUUCGAGUCUUGGAAUCAGCGUUCCCGAGCGAGUCAACCCGCCCGACCACUUCAUCGACAUCUUGGAGGGCAUAGUAAGGCCCAGCACGAGUUCUGGCAUCAACUAUAAGCAGCUUCCUCUCAAAUGGAUGCAGCACAACGGCUAUGAUAUUCCCUCAGACAUGCUCCAUAAUGCCGCCGACGGACUGGCAAGGGGCGGAAGCUUGGGCAACGCAUCAGAUUCAGUGCCAUCAAUCGCUGGGGAGUUGUGGGGCGAUGUCAAGUGCAUAGUGGAGCUGAAGCGAGAUAAUAUAGAGCAUAAUUUCUCAAGAUCUCACGAUCUGUCGAACCGCAGGACCCCUGGAAUUUUUCGGCAGUACAGAUACUUCCUCGGAAGGUGCACAUAAAAGUUGAACCUUUUCAUGGGUAUAUCCUAAUUUAGAAAAGAAUCCUGUAUGAUUUUACUAAAACCAUGCAAUCGGGUGUCGAUUUUUGUAUCAACAGGGUUGGAAAGCAGCGCCUGCGAGAAGCGAGAAUACAGUUUGUUGAUUUCCUGAUUUUAUGCCUGGCUGGGGUGUGCUUGGGGACACUGGCCAAGGUGAAUGACGAGACAUUUGGGGCGCUCGGUUAUACAUACACCGUCAUCGCCGUCUGUAAGUUCAGCCAUCUCUCUAAAGUCGGCCGCCCUGUGAAAAUUUCUGAUUGACGUGUGAUGGUGCGAUUAGCUGGGCUAGACAUGAAUGUAGUCUUAUUUUUUUAGCACUCGGCGUUCAUUAUGGUUUUGUUUUCAAAUAAAUAAAUAAUUUUGGUGAUGAAUUAAAACAGGUUAGGCUGGGAUAUUGCCAAGAAAAUUUAAUGUCAAUCAAUUAAAACAAGCUAAUUGACGAGAAAAAGCUAAUUUUUAUCAGCAUUUUGCUCUCAUCUUAGAUCUGAAUGCUUUGGACUGUAUUUGGAUAAUUUAUCCAUAGGCGUUGACGAUCCUUGCCAUGCAUUCCACUAAAGACCUGUCGAUCUAUGGUGUGUUCUUGGAUAAUGUGGGAACGACCAUCCACGGUUGCUCCAUUACAUUCAUCUGUAUGUAACUUGGUCCACAGUGGAACUUAUUCUUGAGGUUGUCAUGCUUGCUGCACCAUUUCCUCAAGAAGAAGUGGCCAAUUGGUUCCUAUUCUAUUAUCGGAUGUAUAAGUGCAACUUAUGAGAUUACUUACACUAUAAUAUGGUCACAUUUUUAUUUAUUUUUCUGCAGCUCUUCUAUGCAAAAUCGGAGCGUUGAGGUCUUUUUCACUUGAAAAGUUGCAUUACUGGCGGGAGAGCGCCUCUGGAAUGAGUUCACUGGCCUACUUUCUGUCAAAAGACACAAUAGAUCACUUCAAUACGCUCAUCAAGCCUAUAGUUUAUCUCUCCAUGUUCUAUUUCUUCAACAACCCUAGGUCUUCAAUCACCGAUAACUACAUCAUUUUGGUCGCCCUCGUCUACUGUGUUACUGGCAUUGCAUAUACUUUCGCCCUUUUUUUCCAACCGGGCUCUGCCCAGCUGGUGGGUACAACUCUCCGGAACUUGGUAGACUUGACGCAACUUGUUCUACCCAUUAACACCAUGUCAUCUGAUCCUUGCAGUGGUCUGUGCUUCUUCCCAUAGUUCUGACUCUGAUAGCCACUCAACAGCAAACUUUGAGCAUAGGAAUGCUGGCUAACUUAUGUUACCCAAAAUGGGCACUGGAGGCCUUUGUCAUAUCAAAUGCUCAAAGGUAUGCAUGCAGCUAAUUCACAUUAUUUUUUUAUUUUUUUAUAAUCACGCGUCUUUAGUUGUUAUGGUCAGUGUGAGACUGUUCUUAGAACUCUUCCCCAUUCACAUGCAACUCUAUUUCUGGACUUUUUGUCUCAUGGACAACGACCCUGAAAUCAUGUUGAAAUAUUGCAGCAUCUUUCUAAAUGGGGAUUGAUCUGAGAAUCAUAACAUCUGUAAUUGGUUCCUGUUCGCAGGUAUUCUGGAGUGUGGCUCGUAACUCGGUGUGGUUCUCUUCUCAAGAGCAACUAUGACAUCAGUGAUUGGGCUCUCUGCAUAUUUAUCCUCAUUGCUUAUGGGGUGGUCUUCCGUUUCCUGGCCUUCUUCUGUAUGGUCACCUUCCAAAAGAAAUAA